AUGCCUGGAAGUUUGAAGGGAUCUCAUCGAAAAAGUGAACGAAAUUCCGAAAACAGACUCGUCAUGGGGGCAGAAAGAGUGCUAAAUACAUACGACACUGACAGUGAUUUUGGCAACAAUGCGGUUCAGUGGGAUGUGACUACAUACAUAUCAAAAAUCAAAGUAUUUAUAAUAAAUGAAAGUGAAGAUGGUAUGACCCUGGAGUUUGAUUUAGUUGGCGUUGAAGCCCCAAUUGCAAAUGCUGUCAGAAGGAUACUUAUUGCCGAACUUCCUACCAUGGCGAUCGAAAAGGUUUAUCUCUACCAGAAUACGUCAAUUAUACCGGAUGAAGUACUGAGUCAUCGUCUUGGUUUGCUUCCAAUCAAAGCAGAUCCACGUUUAUUCAAAUUACCUCUUACACGGGUUGUUGGUACUGACGAAUCCGGCGUUGACUGUAGUGAAGAACCGGCUGGUGAUCCGGAAAGAAACCUCAUUUUUGAGAUUAAAGUUACCUGCAGUCGGAAUUCAAAUGCUUUGAAAACAGCCACAAAUCCCAAGGAAAUUUACGAAAACGCUUUUGUUUAUUCAAAUGCAUUUAAAUGGGUACCAAUCGGUGACCAAUCUACUUCACUUCCGUAUCCACCAGCAAUGGUACACGAUGAUAUCCUGGUUGCUCAGUUACGACCUGGACAAGAAAUUGAAGCUAGGUGUCACUGCAUGAAAGGAUUAGGGCGCGACCAUGCAAAAUUUUCACCAGUUGCUACCGCGUCCUAUCGUUUGUUACCACAGAUAGUAUUGAAAAGAAAAUUCAACGGUGCAGAUGCACAAAGAGUCAAGAGCUCCUUUUCGGAAGGUGUUAUUGAAAUUGAUGCAGAUGGAGUAGCUGUUGUCAGAGAUGCACGGCGUGACACUUGCAGCCGCAAUAUCUUACGACAUGAGGAUCUGGCGGAACAUAUUGAACUGUCAAGGAUCAAGGAUCAUUUCAUUUUUAGUGUUGAAAGCACUGGUGCACUGAGAAGUGCAGAACUGGUUGUGGAAGCUUGCAAAGUAAUGGAGGAAAAGUGCCGAACACUGAAGUCUGUGUUCCGUAAACGGUUGAAGGAAGUGCAGUGA